CGAACGGAAAAGAUAACCACAGCAAAACGACACAGCACAACUGCAUUCCUUUCUCUUCAGCAGCCGGUGGUAUUUCUGUAAUUUCAGUCUAACUGCGGUUCCUUUUCGUUAUUUGUUGCCAAAACUGUAAACCCCAAGAAGAACUGGACAACAUUCCUGUUUGUUUCCAGAAAAGAACAAAAUUUAAAAAGAAAAAUUCAGUAGAAUUUUUUCAUUUUCUGGAUUCGGAGAAAAUAUAACCCUAGCUCAAUUUUUCUUUCUUUGAUAUUGAUUGAUAAUGGUUGAUGUAGCCGAUAAAUUAGCGUAUUUUCAAGCGAUCACUGGCUUAGAAGAUCCCGAUUUGUGUACGGAGAUACUUCAGGCUCACGAUUGGGACCUGGAACUCGCGAUCUCAUCCUUCACCUCCUCCAAUCCGCCGGGACAAACUUCAGCCACCGACAAUAAUACCACCGUUGAUUCCAAUUCAUUGUCUCAUGAUGGUCAAAAUUCCAUUGACCGCUCCGAUUCUCCUGGAAAUGUCGUUGCUGGGCCUGGUUUGGCUUGGAGACUAAUCACCUUACCUUAUUCCGUAAUUUCUGGAAGUAUCGGCCUCAUUUCGGUGGCUGUCGGGCUGGGUCUAUGGGCAGCUGGUGGUGUUUUGUCGUAUUCUUUGGGAAUGAUCGGCCUGGGUUCGAGUUCGAGCCGGAAUGGUGAGUCAUCAGCUCGUCUGGCUUCGGUUUCGGCCGCGGCUUUGGAAGCGAUGGAGUUUGUGUCGGCCUUUGAGAGAGAUUAUGGGAGUUUGAAGCCUAAUUUUGUUUCUGAGGGUUUCAUGGACGCUUUGCAGAGGUCAAGGGGUGCGUUCAAGCUGUUGUUCGUGUAUUUGCACUCGCCGGACCAUCCCGAUACGCCUUCAUUUUGCGAGGGGACGUUGUGUAGCGAGGUGCUUGCGGCGUUUGUGAACGAGAAUUUGGUUGCUUGGGGUGGGAGUAUUAGGGCUAGUGAAGGAUUUAAAAUGAGUAAUAGCUUGAAAGCUGCGAGGUUCCCAUUUUGUGCAGUGGUUAUGCCUGCCACGGAUCAGAGGAUAGCUUUACUUCAACAGAUUGAGGGACCCAAAUCUCCCGAAGAAAUGCUGGGUAUACUGCAGAGAGUAAUUGAAGAAAGCAAUCCUGUUCUUCUCCAAGCGAGGCUUGAUGCAGAAGAAAGAAGGAACAACAUGCUUUUGCGGGAAGAGCAAGAUGCAGCAUACAGAGCUGCACUUGAAGCUGAUCAAGCAAGGGAACGCCAGAGGAGAGAAGAGCAAGAACGUUUGGAAAGGGAAGCUGCUGAAGCUGAGAGGAAACUUAAGGAGGAAGAAGAGGCUCGUGAGAGAGCAGCAUGGGAAGCUGCGGAAAGAGAGGCUGCAUUAGCUAAAUUGCGGCAGGAGAAAGCCCUUGCACUUGGUGAUGAACCUGAAAAAGGACCUAAUGUCACACAAGUUUUGGUGCGCUUCCCAAAUGGAGAACGCAAAGAGAGGAGGUUCCACAGUACUGCAGCCGUCCAAUUGCUGUAUGACUACGUUGAUUCUUUGGGUUGCUUGGAUGUAGAGGAUUAUAGUCUUGUGUCCAACUUCCCUAGGGUUGUAUAUGGGUCAGAAAAACUGUCUUUGUCCUUGAAAGAAGCAGGAUUGCAUCCUCAGGCCAGCCUUUUUGUGGAGCUGAACUAGUGUGAUGCCCAGCUAAAUGAGGAAGAGUAGUGAAGUUGGAAGCUGCAAUGAGGUUAUUCUGUAAUGUUCCUUUUUCCUGUUACAACUUGUAUUAACAAUGACUGAUACAAUGAGAUAAGAUAGCUACCCAUAUAUCACAUGGAUGUUUCAUUGGCCUACUUGAAAGAUGGUAGUGAAUAAUGAAUAUUGAUUUGCACAUAGAACAGACUGAAAAUAUGUAAGCUUAACCUGUUAUUCUUUUUUAAUGUGGUAUAAAAAAACGCUGGAUCCAAUUGCUCCAA